AUGUAUUCACACUCGUUCCCACGGUAUUCACGAGAAAGUUGGCUGCAAAGAUUUCUUUGCCAAGGUUGUUCCGUAUUAAUAGAUUCGCUCACUAGUGUAUUGCGUACUUUCCCAAACGGCCUUGGGUUUAGCCCUUCUGUGUAUCUCCUUAAAGGCAUAGAUGACAUGUCACGUUCUAGCAUAAUGUACUUUAAACGACUAGGUAGACGAAAUACCUCUACGUUGCUCAAUUUCUUUGUGAUCUUUACUGAUGCAUUCUCUCGAACUUCCGAGAAUGUGUUAUGCUAUAUUAUUGCCUUCCUUUCGGACGGUUUCGUUCCUUAUCUACGUCUUUUUGAAGUUGUUAUUGAUGAGCAGACACAGUGCUGCAUCGAACACGUCAGCCUCCAUCAUCCGCACAAGGCGUGUUUCAAUGAGCUCCACCAGCACACGUAUCAUGUCUUCGCGGAGAAGCAUCCACAUGAUGAUUUUGAACAAAUUAGUGCGGCAAACCUGAUGAGUAACGUUUGUUGUAUCCGCUGGGAAUUUGCUGAUGAGUUCCACGGUAGCAACGAUGGUUUUACACUUUGA